AUGCAUUUGCAGCGAAACUCAGGCCUGCUGGAUGUGUUUAUCUGCUUUCUUCUUCUCUCAAAUGUGGUGCACUCUUCUGUAAUCAACUCCCUCAAUUCCACAGCAAAUGGUCACAAUAAAAGAGAAAGUAAUCUCAACACUUUAAGCGUAAUCUAUGAAAAAGGAGCAUUCUAUGUGAUUGCAGUACCCGUCACCACUAACAAAGGACUCUUUGCCAGCUCCAACAUCUCCACUCGAUUGUGGCAGGAAACAUUUAGUAGCGACUUUACCGGCAAGUAUAAUCUUGAGCAAUUCGCGCUCCACCACAUACCCUUGGUUAGACUUGUCCUCUUCUUGCUGUAUGGCCUCUUCGCCAUAGUCGGCCUGGUCACAAAUCUCUUUGUCAUCGUCAUUCUCGUCACCGUGCGUCGCCGGGCCUUGGCUAACGUCACGAAUCUUUUCGUCCUGGCGUUGGCGAUAUCUGAUUUCGUCAUGUGCAGCUUCAGCAUGCCAUUGCAGGUGUACUAUGAAAUGCAGGAGACUGUCAAACUCUCCACCAGCGUGUGCCGAUUUUUCUUCGCCGGCUUCGGCGUGCCAAUGCACAUAUCUUGCCUCACCAUUCUCUUGAUCGCGAUCGACAGAUACCGGAUCAUCGUCUACCCUCUACGGCCUCGAAUGUCGCCGCUGAUGGCGAUGCUGCUCAUCGGCCUGACAAUCGGAGUAAGCAUUAUCAAUUCACUUCCUGUCGCUCUUGUCACUAAAUCGCACAUAUCUUGGCCGCCCAUGCAGACUCUGUAUGUUGACAACCGGACACCGGUCGUCGAGGCCAGGGCCGUCUCGAAGCUGGCCUCGAACGUCACUCCGGCCCUGACGACCAUGCCCAAGUGGACCAGUCUACGAUUGGCCCUCGACUCGGCCUCAUCCUCUGCCGUC